GACAACGUGCCAUUCCAGCACUGAAAAUGUCGUUCUACUACUGCUACAAGCCGGCCAUGGAGGCACAGCCAGGCUGCAAACUGCCUGUGCCAUUUAAGAAGAAAAUUUGUGGGGGACUGAUGUGCAGAACUAUCAACAUCAGGGGCUUUAUCCCCUGUUCAGCCUACAGUUUUGCAAUCAGCUUCAGUGUGGAAAACACAAGGGACAUAGCCUUGCACAUCAAAUCGUAUAUAAAUAGGUGUGCCGUGGUGCGGAACACGUUCCAGAACUGUUGCUGGGGGUGUGAGGAGAGCUGCAUUUCCUACAAUCCCUUUGUUCCAGGACAGUACUUCGAUCUGUCCAUCCAAGUCAGCAACUGUAACUUCACGGUAUUUGCCAACGGCCGGCACUUCUUUGACUACAAUCAUCGUAUGUCGCCUUGCCUGGUGGACACACUGGAGAUCUGUGGGGAUGUCGACCUGUCCUGUGUCCAGGUCUGAGCUUCACUGGUUGCCAGGACAUUGGGAGAUCCAGAAGAAAGGUCCCCUAGCACACUCCUCUAAUCUUUGAGGUUGUUGUGUCAAAUUCUUUCAAAUCCAGUUCAUUUGACGCUUUUCCUCUGUAAAAGGCAGGCAAGCCCUGGUAGUUUGGCGCAAACAAAAUAA